AUGAGUCGAUUAGUUGUUACUAUUGGUCAUGUGGAAUUUACAGGUGAUAGUCAAGUCUUAUACGUUGUUAAAGUACAGCAAGAUCUUGAUCAAUGGGAAGUACGACGUACAUACUCGGAAUUUCGUAAAUUACGUGAUGAUAUCCAACGUAUUAUGAAGGAUGAACGUGUUUAUAUAGUUGAUGAUACAUUCUCUCACGAGUUUAUACGUGAACUUCAGGAUGUAACAUUUCCAGCAAAGCGGCUCUUUGGAAGCAAGAAGGAUCAUGUAGUCAAGUAUCGUGCACGAGAACUCCAUCGUUUUCUUCUCAAGCUGCUCGCACUUACCCACACGUACCGUAAAGCACAGAAAGCACGAUAUGAUCAAUCUAUACAAGCUCUACCGGUGCAACAACAGGCAGCGUAUGCAGCAUUACAGGAACGUACACAGGCUAGUAUUGCAGUGUUUUACGUCCUACGAGACUUUUUAAAGCCAAUGAAGACAGACAGUCCGUCGCAUUCGAGUGACUUGAUAGCGUCGUCUCGACGUGGUAAGAAUCAGACAGGAGUAGCUGGUGAAGCGAGUGAGGAUGUAUCGAUCAGAUUGAUUCGAGAGAGUAACAUUUUGUCCAUGAGGACUUCUAAUGCAAGCGAACGCAGGAACUUGAGUUAUAUAGAAGACGAAAAGAUGCAACAGCACAAGCAUAAAGACAAUCAGGCGGAAGAGCUACGGAAGGAACAGCAGCAGAGACACCAGACGCAGCAGAUUAUUAGGGCACUGUCAGUGGAACGCAAGAAUGAAGCAAGUAACUCUGCUAACAACAACUGCGGCUCAGUAACGUCCCAAAAUGGCCGCGGGAUUAGUAGAUACAAUUCAAAGACCUCAAAAAUAAUCGAGACUUCUUCCCAGCGUUCAGGGACACAUGCCACCUCGCUUUGUGGACAGCCUGUGCAGAAGACACACAGCAAUUCGGCCUUGCCAAAGGAGCACCGGAAAGAGCGGCAUAACUCGACGCGGGAUAGCAAUAAAGUGAUUUGGAAACAACGCUCGGCACGUGCAGGUACAUCGAUGUUGACGCACAACCCUGUCACUUCGUCUCCAGGUGACGGCUCAGAGCCGGAGAAGGAGAGCAUGAUCACGUCUUCGUCUAUGUCAUCCUUGGCGUCGUCUGCGUCUGCAGACGAAGUAAAGCUUGUGGAUUUGUCCUCAUUGAUGCAGUACAAAACGAAAAAAAGCUCAAAAAGAGGCAGUCUAUCCAGCGACAAGACGCAUUCAUUUCAAAAAUCUUGGAGCACGGAAAAGAGUACGACGUCACGCAGUAGAGAAGACAAACGUUCUUUGCGCACAAAGAGAAAAGCAAAGUCAGCGAAGAAUAUUCCGAUGAGUGACUCGGAACGGAUGUCCCGUGUCAGCUCGGCUGUGAAUGCUCAGACCUCAAUUAAUGCACAGCGGGAACUAGAGAAAUAUCUGUCCGAGUACAGUGCCAUUAUGAUAUUGCGUUACGUAAAUCGGUUUAUCAACAAAGCUGUGAUGAGAGGGCCAGGUUGCUAUCACGUAAAUGCGCAGCAGCAAUUAGUGAUUGAUUGCAAGCGAUUCCUUGAAGAGCUGGAAUUAACGUUUACAGACUUGCCAAAAAACUUUGGUGAACUGUUUCACAUCGGUGCACCUGGUGACCAAGAUGAGUGGGGCUUGCCUCCGGCGCUUAACAAGUAUGUGCAGUUGAAGUGGGAAUCGUUUCAGGCAAUGAGUAGUAACAAUAUCAGCCACAAUAAUGGCCACAGCAGUAUUAGUGAUUUUACAUCUGACUCGAAUGACUCGGACACGGAUUACGAUUACGAGGAGGUCAGUGGUGGUGGCUAUAUGACGGCAAAGCAUACGUUCUCGAAUGGUGAAGAGUCGAUGCUGCAGGAGAUGAUUGCCAAUGGCACGGCAGGACGUGAGCAAAUGCUUCGGUUACGACGACAGGUGAACGAGCAGGGCUGGAAUUGGCGCGAAAAUCCAGGAUCUCGAUCUCAACGUCUGAUCGAAGAGGCAUCAUCAUCUGACACGGAUCGAGAAGAAAGUAUAGCGCAACAGCGAGAAAAGCGCAGCGUGAAACGACGUGACUCAAAGAGGAGCGUGCCCUGUGACGUGGAGAGAUACCAGCAAGAGCAGAAUGCACGACGAAAAGACCGCCUCAGUCGAGUGCAGAGUAUUGGCGGUUUUGUAUAA